AUGCAGCAUAUUCAAGAAGUAGGAAGGCAGCAUCCAUACGCUGCACCUGUGCCUCCAAUAAACAAUCAGCAGAACUUUCUAAAGCCUCCAAUUGCAGGAGAACAAAAUCUGUCAAAUUCACAGAUGCAUUCUCACUUACUAUCAGCACCACCUGCAGAUCACUCUCAAAUAAUGAGUCCUCCAAUGAUGGGUGCUUCUGGCUCUCAAAUAUCUUCAUGUUUACCUACAGGUCCUCAUGGACAUGGGCAAACUUCUGCAGGUUAUCAAACUCAUGGGACUAAUCUCCCAAAUGCUAACCUACUCCAACCUGGAAUGACACCAUAUAAUCCUACACCACCAUUAUCAUCGCAAGUUGUAGCAAGCCCAACAAAUCCAGAUUCGUUGCAGUUUGCUCCUCCUCUUUCAACAACAGGACAAUCUACAACAAGUCCUUCGGGACCAGGUUUUCCUCAAGCUCGACAAAAGCAAUAUUUACAAAAUGCUCCAAUGCCACCAAUGCCAGGUCAAACUGUAGCAGGACCAAGCUUACUGCAGCCUGGACAAAGACAAUAUGGCUCUACUAUGCCUCCAUUAUCAGGGCAAACCUUAUCCAGUCCAUUAGGAAUGAAUCGUGCAUCACCUAGUGUCACUCCAGGCUAUCAGCAACCUGCAUACCAACAACCAGGAUAUCAUAAUCAGAUGGAUAUGUAUAAUAAUCAAAGAAACCCAUAUCAAAGUGCACCUAAUACUACAGGAUAUCAAUCAGGAUUGCAGCCUCAACAAGCUCGACGGCUUGACCCAGAACAAAUGCCGAGUCCAAUUCAAGUAAUGCUAGAUGAUCAAAAUAUGAAAGGUGGAAUAUUUGUAACAAAUCAGAAAGGUCUGGUGCCACCUUUGGUGACGACAAACUUUGUAACUCAGGAUCAAGGAAAUGCUUCACCUCGCUACAUCAGAUCUACUAUGUAUACUGUUCCCACUACUACUGAUAUUAUAAAGCAGACUAAUAUUCCUUUUGGACUUGUGAUAAGUCCAAUGGCUCGUAUUGUUCAAGGAGAAUGUGAACCACCAAUUGUAGACAUGGGUGAGAUUGGACCAGUACGUUGUGUGCGUUGUAAAGCAUACAUGUGUCCAUUUAUGCAAUUUAUCGAUGCUGGCCGACGAUUUCAGUGCAUGUUUUGUAAAGCAACGACAGAAGUUCCAAAUGAGUAUUUCCAACAUUUGGACCAUACAGGUCAACGUUUAGAUCGUUAUGAGAGACCUGAAUUAAUGUUGGGUACAUUCGAAUAUAUAGCUACAAAAGAUUACUGCAGGGACAACGUUUUUCCGAAAUCACCAGCCAUUGUGUUCAUAAUUGACGUAUCAUACAAUACAGUCAAAUCUGGAUUAGUGAACUUAUUAUGUACAAAAAUGAAAUCCAUAAUAAAGAAUUUACCUAUUGAUGCUGGACAAACAAAAAGCAACAUGAAAGUUGGCUUUAUAACGUAUAAUAACACUGUGCAUUUCUAUAACAUCAAUUCUUGUCUUGCUCAACCGCAAAUGAUGGUUGUUGGAGAUAUUCAAGAUGUAUUUAUGCCGCUUUUGGAUGGAUUUCUAUGCAACGUCGAAGAGAGCGAAGCAGUUAUUGACAGUCUUAUGAUACAAAUUCCUCAAAUGUUUGCAGACACUCGAGAAACAGAAACGAUUCUUGCUCCUGCCAUACAAGCUGGAUUAGAAGCAUUAAAGGCAUCUGAACGUUCUGGCAAAUUAUUAAUAUUCCAUUCAUCUUUACCAAUUGCUGAAGCGCCUGGAAAAUUGAAAAAUCGUGAUGAUCGUAAAGUGCUUGGAACAGAUAAAGAAAAAACGGUAUUAAUUCCACAGAACAACGUCUAUAAUAAUUUGGGUCAAGAAUGUGUCGGUGCAGGUUGCAGUGUAGAUUUAUUUAUUUUUAAUAAUUCGUAUGUAGAUAUAGCAACAAUUGGUCAAGUUUGUCGUCUCACUGGAGGAGAGAUUUACAAGUACACUUAUUUUCAGGCUGAUAUUGAUGGGGAAAGAUUAAUUUUAGAUGUAAUUAAUAAUAUUAGUAGACCAAUUGCUUUCGAUGCUGUUAUGCGAGUACGUACAUCUACAGGUGUUAGAGCAACUGAUUUUUAUGGACAUUACUUUAUGUCUAACACAACUGAUAUGGAACUAGCCAGUAUAGACUGCGAUAAGGCUAUUGGAAUAGAAAUUAAACAUGACGACAAACUGACAGAUGAUGAAGGUGUAUAUAUUCAAGUAGCUUUAUUGUAUACUUCCUGCGGUGGCACUAGAAGAUUGAGGAUCAUAAACCUGAGUUUAAAAACUUCAUCACAAAUGGUCGAAUUAUAUCGCACGUGCGAUUUGGAUGCCAUUAUAAAUUUCUUUUUUAAGCAAAAUGUUUUUAAACUAUUGGAAUCUACUCCAAAAACGGUGAAAGAUAAUUUGAUCGCGCGAUGCGCCAACAUGCUAGCCAUAUAUCGAAAACACUGUGCAACACCAUCCAGUGCUGGGCAAUUAAUAUUACCAGAAUGCAUGAAAUUACUUCCACUUUAUAUAAAUUGUUUAUUGAAAAGCGAUGCAUUAACAGGAGGAGCUGAUAUGACUAUUGACGAUAGAUCUUAUGUAAUGCAAGCAGUUGCAACAAUGCCUAUUUUUAUAUCCAUUGCAUAUACUUAUCCUCGAUUAUUUCCUUUACAUGACGUUGAUCCUCAAGAUACAGAACUGCCUCCAAUGUUACGUUGCUCGAUCGAUAAAUUUAAAGAUGAUGGCGCCUAUUUACUUGAGAAUACCAUCCAUAUGUUUUUAUGGCUUGGUACGGCACUUUCUUCCCAAUGGGUGCAGAGUGUCUUUGGUGUAUCUUCUCUGGUCCAAGUUGAUACAGAUCGCGCCGCUCUGCCAAUGUUGGACACACCUUUAAAUAAUAGAAUCAGGAAUAUUAUUAAUCGGAUACGCGCUGAAAGACAUCGCUGUGUUAAAUUAACAAUAGUGAAACAACGUGAAAAAUUGGAAUUGGUGUUGCGUCAUUUCUUGGUUGAGGAUAGAGGAAACGAUGGAAGUCCUAGCUAUGUCGAUUUCUUAUGUCAUAUGCACAAAGAAAUAAGAACACUUCUUAGUCAAUAAAUAACUUUAAGCUACUAGCUAGCUCGUGUACUCAAACUCUGGCUCUUUCGCAUCUGAUGAUUUGUUAUCUCGUUGCCUAAAGCAAUUCAACAAGCUUUGUACUUGAUCAUUGUAUUUUUAUGCGUCCAAAUAUGUAUUAAACGUUAUACAGACACACAUACACAUACAUAGAAUAGUCCACUUAUGUAUCUUAAAUAGUUUUAUUAUUUUGAAUAAUAGAAAAAACUAAAGUUACAAGGUUUUGUGGUUUUGAGGAACGCGUAAUGUAGGGGCGAUAUUUUCGUUGUACCUCGAGAUAAAAGCUUUCAAGAUUAACUCGAUUUUUUUUUUAAAGAAACCAAAUUUUUUUUUAUUAUAUAGUUUCUUUAAUCUUUCUGUAUAUAAAAGUAUUAAGAUAAUAAAACUCAUAAAAGUCAA